UGUCAACUGGUAUACACUUAAAUAAACUCGAUGAAGAAGAAUGUGACUUAAGGAUCGCUGACUCAAUAAGUUUAUGAUCAGUCACUGCACAGUUCAAUAUCACAAACUGACAAACCAGAGAGUUGUAUAUCACUACACAGAGUUGGAUAUCACUAUACAACAGCCCAAACAAUUGGAUACCACUAUGUGACAACCCCCAAAGAUUUCAAGCUAAGAAAACUACACUGGGAAAACCAUGAAGCUGAAGAAACCAUUUUUUAAAAGAAUUUCUGGAACUAAAAUACUAGGACUACUCCUUAUACAAUCGGUGGUCUUGAUAUAUAUAUCCUUGUUUCUGGAAACUCGUUGCUCAAAUAAACAGUAUUCUUCACUUAGGAAUCUCAGUCAGAGAUGCGUUAAAAAUAAUUUUUCCCAAAAAAUAAAUAUCACCAUGGAAACUGAACAUAAAUCAAAAAAAGACACAUAUUAUGACAUAAGUUCAGAAUUCAAUGAAACAAAGCGACUGCUCGUACCAAAUAUUGUUCAUUACAUAUGGAUGCAAAGUUCAGAUACAAUUGUUCCAAAAAAGCUUACAUUUACUUUUCUAAAUGCUUUAAGUUUCUUAAGUGUUCAUAAACACUGGAAGCCUGAAACAAUUUAUCUCCAUGGCAACGUUCUACCAACAGGAAACUGGUGGGAAACAGUGAGAAAUAAUGUCACAAAUAUUGUUCACGUUUAUCAUGAUGAACGUCCUACCAUAUAUGGUAAUAAGGUUCGCUAUAAGGAACAUAUGGCAGAUAUUCUGAGGCUGGAAAUACUACAAGAAUAUGGUGGCGUGUAUAUUGAUACAGAUGUGAUCGCAAUUCAGAGUUACGAGCCUUUACUGAAGUAUGAUGUCACACUACCAAGGGACAGUGAAGACCAACUUGCAAACGGAAUCAUCUUUGCAAAACCACAUGCUCCAUUUUUGAAAAUCUGGCAUGAAACUUAUAAAACAUAUAGCAAAUGGAAAAAAGGUACAAAUGCAUGGGCGUUUCAUUCGGUUCAAACUCCAUAUAAACUCUCAAAGAUAUUUCCACAUUUGGUACAUAUAGAGGGAUCAUCUCUGAUUGGGCCAAGGUGGUAUGAACCACAUAAGUUAUUCAAAGGUCAAUACAGAUGGAUGGACAAUUUCAGCAUACAUGUGUGGAAGGGAAAAUCUGUAGUACCUCCAGAACCUGGACUUAUAUCUAAUCUACCAGAUCAAUCCACCCUACAAGAAGUCAUGGAGUAUAUCUGGUAUGAUAGGCUUCCCAAGGAGCACAACUACACAUAUAAUGAUGUUAAAGGAAAAGACGUACCUACUGAUAAGAAAAUCAACAUUCAACUUGUUCCAUUCAUCUCAAAUAAGACACAAAAUUUGACAUACGAAAACUAGA